AAAUUCUUCGCCGUUGAACGCACGUAAAUUUCUCAUGGGUGUCCGACAACAAAGUUUAACUGUAAUAAAACGCGACCGGCGCUUAGUCAGCACCAAGUAAACCAACCGAUCGCAUUCUUCUGUUGGAGUUCGUAUAAGCAGAAUCCAUGUCGCUAAAAAUGCAUUUACCAUGCUUCCGUUGGCUACUGGUGUUGAGUUCAUUCGGUGCGUUGCUGACCCUGGUAAAUGGAUCUAUUUUCUACUCUGGCCACACGCUUCCGGUGCCGAAACAUCGUACCUAUUUCGAGUCAGUCGGAGAGCAGCGAUUGACCAGCAACAGAUUCGAGGCGAGCGUAAUCAUACAAGAGGACAUCCUCGAGAGGAAACAGUGCGAGUGCAUUUCGAAGUACCUGUGCCACUCGCCACGUAACAUAAUUACCUUGCGAUCGCGAGAUUGCCAUCAUCACGAAAAAGUCUGCUGUGAAACAUGAGAGCUGCGCCUCGACCGAUACCAAAACACGAAUUUGAUCCAGAAUGAAUUUCAAGACUUGCACGAUUAUUUCUCGAGCGUAAGACGGACGGAAACAAAGCUUUUGUUUAUACUUCAAGGCAAUAUUCUGCUGAGAAAGUGUUUUUAAUACGAAGCGGUUAAUUUAGGUUUGUACUUGGUUUUAAAAUAAAAUUGAAGAGGAAUGUUGAUCUAAAGCGUGUUAAUAAAUGAACUUUUUGAGAAACAACGAUCAUCCGGAGUUUCAUUUUUAUGCGCAUUGCUUACCAAUUGAUU